AUGAGCCUCCCCUCUUCCAGUGCCGCUACCGGAGCUCCCAACCCCGUGCCACCACCGGUAUCUUCCCCAUCCCAUCCUACUUCCACUGAACCGACUGCAGAUGCCGCUAUCGAUGAGCUGGCUAAUACACUUGAGGAGCCUCCUCUAGGACAGUUGGCUCUGUUUCGUUCUGUUUUCGGCGUGGGUGUAUCGUUGGCGAGAUAUAUCGUCGACGAUCCCCUUUGGCCGUUGCUCGCUGCUGCUGGGCUUCCUUGCUCCUUUUGUAUUAGAGGCAAGAAGGAGGCAAACUGUUCAGUCGUCCCCCACCUUGCUCGUUGUAGUAACUGCGACGACAAGAAGCCCUGCGUCCUAGGUCGACUUGCUCGGUUUCGUUACUUCGCACGUAAGUGUUCCCGCGACCUAGCUUUUGCUCGAAGGUUUCUGGAGGUGCAUGGGGACCCGGGUCAACGAACUCGUUUCACUCUCCCUUCUGAGCAGUGGAGGAAUAUCGCAGCGAAGAUCGAGGCCAGUACGAACUCCACUGUCGCUUUGAUCGAGCUGAAUUCGCUGGACGAACAAGAUCAGCAAGAACUGGACCGUGUGGAGCUUGGGGAGUUCCUUCGAAAGCAGCCUCAGCUUCCCCGGCCUUCAACCACUACUUCCUUGCCUUCCCCACUUCCUUCUGUUGUGGCGACUCCACGCGCUCUGGCGAAAAAGAGAAAAAGGUCCAACCGGCAGGAGGAGGGAGGUUCUUCCUCUCUUCGUAAGCGUCCUGUUAGAGAAGUUUCGGAGCCUGAGGUAGCUCCCGAGUUCCACGACCGAAAGCGUAAACGUCCUGUUGGGGAGAGUCGGGAUGCUGAGGUACCAGAUUACCGUAGAGUGGUGCUGGUUCUUCGUCCCCCCCUUGUCGACUCUUCUGGUUCGGUCCCUGUGACUGGUGAUCGUGUCGACGAGGUGGUGCAUGCUCCUCCUCCUUCUGAGGAAUCAGGGAGCGCACGAGUUCCCCUUCCACCGUCUCAAGCGCAAUCUUCACAUCUCUUGGGCCGUAAACGGUCCAAUUCACCAGGUUCGUCUAGCCGCUUCGUUCCACCGGUGGUGUCAGAGCGUCGGUCCGCAGUGACCAUAAGCACCCCUCCUCCUUCUCAACGUUCCCGCGAUGUUCCCCAUCCUUUUCCUCGAGCUCGAGCUACUGCUGCCUUGAAGGCUGAAAACGACGCUUUACGGGCUGAAGUAGCGGACCUCCGCAAGCUCCUGGAGGCUUCCCGGA